GUCGUCUUGGUUUUUGUCUUCUUCCUUUUCUAUUUUUCUCUUUGUUUUUUUUGGUUUGUGUUCUCAGUCGGCCUUGUGUCAAAGCACCCACUCGAUAGCGGUUGUACUCGCACCACGCUCGCUUGCCUAUCUUGACAACAGGACUAAUAAAAUGGGGUAGGCGCUGUUUUAUCCGUGCCGCACAUUUUCCUUCGUCGCCUUCUCUUUCUGUCGGACGAUCUGUCACCAGCUACACGUAAAAUAUUUCUUCGCUGCUUUCUGUGACGGAGCGGCGCAGCUCUCCUUUUCUGUUUUCCUUUUCGUUGUCAUCUAAUUUGCGUUGGUUAGACUCCUUGCGUUGAUCGCUCUAUCAAUUCUCCCUCGCACACUUUUUUUCUCUCUCUUCUUUAGCUCCAAUGCCCUCCGCAACGACGCGUGACCUUUCAGGGAAGGCGCCGCUCUUUAUGUACCUCAGCGGCGGAGAGAAGGAUCGACUUCCGCCUGGGGAGUACAUUCGGGUAGUGGCGCAGAGCACCGGACCGGACAAGAAGGUGGUGCGCCACGACUUCGCCCUUCACAACCGCGGCGCUCGGCUGUGUCGUCUUCUGGACUCCCUCUUGGAUUCCGUCGAUGUGGAUUUGAAGCGCAAGGCUGACCCCGUGCAGGGCCCGAUCCCGCCGGUGGUGCUGCCGCAAGCCACCCGCGAAGGUUGCGAGUGCAUCUUCGCCUACCUCGACCUGAUCCAGACGCGUGUACCCACGCUGUUGAGUAAGCCGCUGCGUGCGCCGCUGGAGGAGCUUGUGUACGACUGGGAGAUGAAUUAUCUUCUGGAGCAGUGCCUCAUGGGGAAGGCGCACGAGAGCAAGUCGUCCAUUGCGCUGUGCCGCACGUUAGCGAAGAGGGGGCCGUCGUCGAUGGACCGCAUUUUGGAGGUGGCGAUGUUGGCCGACUUUCUUCUUAUUGAGCCUCUGCGUGACCUUACAUGUGGGAUGCUGGCCUCUUUAGCGCUCACCGCGGGGUCAGAGAAGGAGCUGCUGCAGCUCUGUGGGCUGGACCACACCUUGACGGAGGAGGAGCUAGAGCCCCUCUACAAGCAGCUUCCGUUCUUGCGUCCCGAAGAUGGCUUUGCGUGA